UCUCUUUCCCAGGAAGCAUGCAGUUGAACUUUGAAACUGGUGGUCAUACCACGAAAGUUAUUUUCAGGGAAGGUUGGAUAAGUGUUCCUAGUUUCAGAUAACUGCCAGGAACGCCCGGAGGAAAAAAAUAACUAAUAUGCCGCAGGUGACUUGAUUUCCAGCCCACCACAGCACAGGCUGACCAGAUUUAUCAGAGAUGGAGGAUGCUUGGGAUAUUGCAUGCCUGCUCAUCCAGCUGUGGUUCUCCGUCGUGGUCGGCCUGAUCAUGUUACCAGCCAUGUGUGGAGCCUCACUGGGUGUCACAGAGAUUUACAUUAAGGUCUUGGUGAAGAUUCUCGAGUGGGCCACGCUAAGGAUCCAGAGGGGACGGAGGGAUCGGCCUACACUCCAAACUCAACUCUCCAAUGGAAUCAUCGAGAAGGAAGAUGGUUCCAUGGAGGAUGAGAUUGAGGAGCUGCGCGGCGGUGGGCCCAAGUCUCUGGCUGGUGGGGAGUUUUCCCUGGGCGAUGCCUCCUACUUCUGCAGGAAGGGCAUCGAGAGCAUAGUGGAGGAUGAGGUGACGCAUCGCUUCACCUCCGAGGAGUUGGCCUCCUGGAACCUCCUGACCCGCACCAACAACAACUUCCACUACAUCAGCGCUCGCGUCACCAUCAUCUGGGGCCUCGGGGUGAUGAUUCGCUACUGCGUCCUGGCACCUCUCAGAAUAACCCUGGCUAGUAUUGGGAUAGGCUGGUUGGCGAUUGGGACUACUCUGGUGGGACUGUUACCUCGCAGCAGGGAGAAGGACUGGCUCAGUGAUCGUGUCCAUCUGACAUGCUACAGAAUCUGCGCUAGAGGCCUCUCUGCUACCAUCCGCUACCACAACAAAGAAAACCGACCCAAGAAGGGAGGCAUCUGUGUGGCCAACCACACCUCACCAAUUGACAUUGUCAUUUUGGCAAAUGAUGGAUGCUAUGCCAUGGUGGGGCAAGUUCAUGGCGGGGUGAUGGGGGUCAUGCAAAAGUCGAUGCUCAGGUCCUGCCCUCAUAUUUGGUUUGAGAGAUCAGAGAUGAAAGAUCGCAAUGCUGUGGCCAACAGGCUUCGAGCACAUGUUGCAGACAAAACCAAGCUUCCCAUUCUCAUCUUCCCUGAGGGAACAUGCAUCAACAACACAUCCGUCAUGAUGUUCAAGAAGGGAAGCUUUGAAAUCGGAGGGACCAUACACCCAGUGGCAAUAAAGUAUGACCCACAGUUUGGAGAUGCCUUCUGGAACAGUGGCAAGUACAACAUGGUGAGCUACCUCCUCAGAAUGAUGACAAGCUGGGCCAUAGUGUGCAACGUGUGGUACCUUCCCCCGAUGACCAGACAGGAAGGGGAGGAUGCAGUUACUUUUGCCAACAGAGUCAAAUCUGCAAUCGCACAUCAGGGAGGCCUAGUUGACCUCUCAUGGGAUGGAGGCCUGAAGAGAGAUAAGGUUAAAGAAGCGUACAAAGAGGAACAGCAGAAGAUGUACAGCAGCAUGAUAGUGGGGUAGGAGGUGUGUCUUACCAUCCCUAGUCGCCACUUAGCCAGGCCUUAAUCAGGCAAUUCCGCUACCAAACUUCCACAGAGAUUCAGAUUCUUGGCAACAUCCUUCUCAGUUCUCCACUCCAUUUGAGUCAUCAGAUGCGGCGGAUCCGUUUCUUAGGUCAUCUCAGUUUUCAGUGGCUGCCCUAAUGGGUGCACAAACUCUAAUGAAGACACUCUGGAAUCUUAGAAUUGUUAUUUUUAAUAGACUGCAACAUAUGCAAAGAUAUGCAUAGAAAUGUACAGUAUUGUUAGUAUUUCCGCAAGAAAUAACGACAACCUAAAACUUGUCAAUGUUUUUAAAAUGUCUGGAAUCAAAGAAUCAGGUGCUUCCAUUAUGCUGUCAGUGUGGAGUCUGCUCUAAGCUGGAUACAUGUGACCUUGUGUUUUUAUAUCACUCUACUGUACGCCAUGUACGGUAAGCCACUGUUUAUUUAACACGAAAAGCAAAUUUGUAUAGAAAACAGUUUUUGUUUCCUGAUAUCUAAAUUCUAAAUUUUAAAAUAUAAAUGAUUGUUUAUAAAGCCGGUUAUUGGCUAAUUCCAUGUUGUAUUCCAUAGAUGUAUGGACAAAAUGUUUAGAAUGAUCAAUUUGAUUCUGAGAACCAAGAUUGUUCCCCCUCCUCUCAAGUGAUAUGAUUAAGAAUGUAAAUGCUUCAGUGCCUUGUUCUGUGCUCUCAGUCAUGCAACAUUUCUGUGUGACUCAAAGGUUCUUGUGGAUCGUUGUAAAAAUAAACCUCUUAAGGAUUAUGACCCACAAA